AGGAUUUGUGUACGAGCUCGGCGCUCUAAAACUUCUUUCCCCCAUUUGCUUGCGCUUGUUUUGAUGUGGGUAUGCUAGGUUUCCAUAUUUCUCCUGUCUUAGAUCGACUAAUGGCGAAACUGAAGAAUCUUCCGAGAAAAAACAUCGUUAUGGAACUAAAGGUUUUAAAGCAGACCAACCUAAACUUCUUAAUUGUGUUGCCAAUGCUCGUUCAUUGGAAUCAACAGAGGUAAUUGUCGCCUCUGAUAUGUCCGAUACCGGAUGUGUUUUAGGUGAAGGAACAUUGGGACGUGUGUAUAAAGGGAUUCUCGAAAACGGCCAGGAAGUUGCUGUGAAAAAAAUGUUUGAUGAGGAGGCAGAUUUGUCCAAAGAGGUUAAAAUCCUCAGAUCCGUAAAGCAUUCUAACAUCGUCAAGAUGAUAGGUUACUGUAAUAAAGGGAAAGAUAAUAUUAUUGUUUUUGAACUUAUGCCAUCACGAUCCUUGAAUCUUCAUUUACAUGACCUUGAACCCGGCAAAGAGCCUCUAGACUGGAAGACUAGGAUGAAGAUAGCAGAGGGUGUUGCCAAGGCUCUAGAAUAUCUGCGUGAUCAAAAUGAUCCUCCUGUAAUCUAUAGUGGCCUGAAAAGUACCAGUAUUUUACUCGAUGAAAAUUAUAAUCCAAAGCUGUCAGAUUUCAGCUGUGCAAGACAUGGUCCUGAAUGUAAUUAUGUGGCGAUACAUUCAAAAUUGGUGCGAGGAGGUGGUUAUAUUGGUCCAGAGUAUAUGAAGACUGGCGUACUCACUUUGGAAUCUGAUGUCUUUGGUUUUGGUGUUGUUUUGCUGGAGUUGAUCUCUGGGCAGAAGCUAGUUGAGGAAAACAUACGCGGUUCUGGAAAGCACGAUCUUACUUCAUGGGCACGACCAUUACUUGAAGACAGUAAGAAGUUCCCAGAAAUUGCGGACCCCCUCAUGAAUGGACAGUAUCCAUGUCGUGAACUUGUCCAGGCUCUCGAUCUUGCGAAAAUGUGUGUACAACCAGAACCUCACAAAAGACCCCGUAUAGCAGAAGUUGUGACUACUCUUUCGAAUUUAGGCUCCCAAAUCCAUGAAGAAGCACAGGGUACAACCGAAGCUGAUCCAUUUACUCCCUUAACCAUGUGGCGCAGUGCAGUAGCAGUUGCAUAGUUUGAAUCAUGGUGUGAGAGGUCUAGUGAAGUUAUGGAACAACCAUGUAAGACUGUCAUGUUGAUAAUUCGGACCCUGCCUUGUUGUGAUUAAACAACUCCUUUAUUAGUCUUGACAUUGUAAGCUUGAAUUCGGCAGUAAGUCAGUACUUUUUAGUUAUUCUACGUAUUCAUAUCAACUGCUUUCUGGCUGGAGGUUUUGCUGGUGAUGUGGCCUUUGGUUUUUAUAGCUUACUUGAGAAGUU